AUGGAGAAUCUACUAAACAAGGACGAGGAGAGCUAUGCUCACAAGUAGGUUUUUAUGAGAUUGUGGUAUAUUUUGGUAUGUUGAUGGUAUAAUGCUAUUUAUAUUUUAUUUUGUACUUGUUUUAAGAUACUUACGAAGUUUCUUAGAGUUACGAUUGUUUUUAUACCUAAAAUUUUGAGCCACUACUGUUUUAACGUCUAAAACAAUAUAAAACCAUUAAAUUAACCAUGACCUGUUCAGAGAAGCAAAGCUAGUAGCCUUCUGGGCCAUUGCCAUUUCCACUGUUGCUGUUGUCGUAUGUAUGAUUGCUUUGCCAGCCACUUUCAACUGGAUGUACACAUUGGGCAAUGAGGUGACGUUAGAAUCAGAAGUUUGCAAAAUCAGAGUCCGCGACAUGUGGAGAGAGUUGUAUCAGAUGGGCAAAAACGGACAAUUGCCUAAGGCAAGACUACAGAGACAAAAGAGAGGAUGGUUGUUUGGCAACUUUGUACCUGACACCGAGACGAUGGGCGUUCAGGUCAGCAAAGAGGUAAGAAGAACAUUUUUUGAAUGAACAGUGAAGAAAUUGUGGAUAAUAUAUUUAAAAUUGGUCAUGUUUUAUUCAGAACUACAACAACAUCACAGUAAAGUAGAAACCUAAAUUACUGACUUUACUUAUUUCAGGACAUUGAAGAAAGCACAGAUCCAAAAGACCAAAAGGAUGAAGAAGAAAGCACUGCCACUUUCGAAGAGAAGCCAGAGACUACAGAAUCAGAAGACAACGAUGACUCAGAAGACGAGAAGCAGCCAGAAGAAUCCACAGAAGAGUCAGAGAAGGAAGAAGAAUCCGAAUCCUACGCUACAGGACCACCAGGUGCUCUAUCCAACGCCCAAUGUGCUUGUCGCAAACACGGACCACCUGGCCCACCAGGACCACCUGGAGACGAAGGUAAAGAUGGUAUUGAUGGUGCACCAGGACGUUCUGGAAACACUGGCCGUGAUGGUAUCGUACUCGCUGCUGACCAACCACUUAACGAGCCAUGUGUCAUCUGCCCAGUAGGACCACCAGGACCACCUGGAGUACAAGGACCAAAGGGACCAUCGGGACCACGUGGAUCUCACGGAAACAAUGGAAUCGACGGAAAGAGAGGAGAGCCAGGCAUGGUUGGCCCACCCGGUCCUCCAGGCCCUACUGGUCCAACUGGUGCUGCCGGAGCUCCAGGUAUUCCAGGAAGAGUGCUGAGAGUUGAAGGACCACGCGGACCACCUGGAGCUCAAGGACCUAAGGGAGUACGUGGAUUGCCUGGAUGUCAAGGAGAAAUUGGCGGUACUAAGGUUGGACCUAAAGGAAAAUCUGGACAGGUAAGCUUUUUAUAUGAUAAUAGGUAUUAUCAAACCUUAAAAGACUAGGAGUAUUAGUUUUAUAAUCAUAAUUAGUAAUCCCAACAAAAAUAUCAAGGUAGAUAAGCAAGAGUAUAAAAUAUAAAAAAUCAAUUAUAACUUUUAGCCCGGCCGCCCAGGAAGAGACGGAAGAAGAGGAUCGCCAGGAGAACCAGGUCUACCUGGCUCACGAGGUCUUAGCGGAGACUGUCAACACUGCCCACCCCCACGAACUCCUCCAGGCUAUUAA